GCAAACUCGCGUUGCUGACAGACGCUGCAUUCCAGCGCACUGCACUUAGCACAGUUCACACAGACCUCGACCCACCUCCCUCCCUCCCCCCACCCCUCCUACCCAGCAAGAAAAGCACUUUUCAUUCUCUGACAAUUCAAUGCAAAAUAUUUUUUUUACAAAACCCUGCAAGGACUAUUUUGAUGGUGGUAAUUACUCGCAACAAGCAAACUUACAGGAGAAAGCCAAAAGCCUGAGGAAAGACGGAGAGAGGGAGGAAGAGAAAAAACGUUUUGCAGGGCGAAGCGGCGACUGACAAUCUGAGGCAGAGAGGAUUCCACGGGCACGAGGGCGGAGAGCAAGUGACAGAACGCUCCGGGCUACGUUCGAAGCGAGCCCCGCGUGCCGUUUAUAUUGUAUCUGUUUGUUUCCCCGGGAGACGAAAGUUCUUCAUGGCUCUCAUCAUGGAACCUGUUAGUAAAUGGACCCCGAGCCAAGUGGUGGACUGGAUGAAAGGCCUUGAUGAUUGCCUGCAGCAAUACAUAAAGAACUUUGAGAGAGAAAAAAUCAGUGGAGAUCAGCUUCUGCGUAUUACUCACCAGGAACUAGACGAGCUUGGCGUCACACGUAUUGGCCACCAGGAACUUAUCCUAGAGGCAGUAGACCUGUUGUGUGCUUUGAACUAUGGGCUUGAAACGGAGAACCUUAAAACACUAUCCCACAAACUGAAUGCAUCUGCCAAAAAUCUUCAGAAUUUUAUAACUGGUCGGAGGAGGAGUGGACACUAUGAUGGAAGGUCCUCCAGGAGGUUGCCUAAUGAUUUCCUGACAUCAGUGGUGGAUCUUAUAGGUGCAGCUAAAAGCUUACUGGCAUGGCUGGACAGAUCUCCAUUUGCCGCUGUGACAGACUAUUCAGUUACUAGAAACAAUGUCAUUCAGCUCUGCCUGGAACUGACUACUAUUGUACAACAAGACUGUACUGUCUAUGAAACUGAAAACAAGAUUCUUCAUGUAUGUAAAACCCUGUCAGGAGUCUGUGACCACAUUAUCUCUCUCUCUUCUGAUCCACUGGUUUCACAGUCUGCUCAUUUGGAGGUCAUUCAGCUGACAAACAUCAAACCCAGCGAAGGCUUGGGCAUGUAUAUCAAAUCAACAUAUGAUGGUCUACACGUAAUCACUGGAACAACUGAAAAUUCUCCUGCGGAUCGGUGCAAGAAAAUCCAUGCUGGGGAUGAAGUGAUUCAGGUCAAUCAUCAAACUGUGGUAGGUUGGCAGUUGAAAAACCUGGUAAAUGCACUUCGAGAAGAUCCCAGUGGGGUUAUCUUAACCUUAAAGAAACGACCUCAGAGCAUGCUCACCUCUGCACCUGCUUUGCUUAAGAAUAUGAGAUGGAAACCUCUUGCACUGCAGCCAAUCAUCCCGAAAAGUCCAACUGGGAGUGUUGCCACGCCAACUGGUACUCUCAGUACACCUACAAAGCGAGAUAGUUCUGCACUACAGGACCUUUACAUUCCCCCUCCUCCGACAGAACCGUACACUCCCAGAAGGCUGGGAGGUUCCAGUAUCUCUAGAAUUAACAGGGAUGAAAAAGGCAACCUUCCCAUUGAGGAGCCCAGCAGACAUAUCUUAGGCAAACCAGUGCACAAGGGAUCGGAGUCUCCUAAUUCUUUCCUGGAUCAGGAAUAUCGGAAACGUUUCACCGUGAUUGAGGGCGAUGCAAUGAUUCUCAGCUAUGAUUACGACACAACCAGAUCAAGUGUUCCAGGCAGAAGAGAAAAUACUCUGACUUAUGGCAAACUCAGGCCGAUUUCCAUGCCAGUCGAAUACAGCUGGGUAGGAGAAUACGAAGAUUCCAACAGACCCAAAAGGGAUGGACGAAGAGAAAGCUCGCUAAUGAGGUACAUGAGUGAUGAUAAGAUCCCUAUCAUUCAAGAGGAGUAUUUAGUUAAAAGAGACACGGGCAAAAGAUCCAGAAAGAAGAGUGACAAGUUAGGCAGUCCUAAUCAUCCCAUCAGCCAUUAUGCCCUGCCAACACCGGUACAUCUAGAUGCUGUUCGACAGGACUCCCUGAGUACACCUCUGCCAGAAACCAACACCAUCACUCUUUAUCACACGUUUCAGCAAUCCUUGGGACAGAAGUCCAAAAAAAGGAACAAAGGUACUGUGACAGCCAUGAGCAGGAGAAGAAUUUCUUGCAAGGACCUUGGCCGUGGAGACUGUGAAGGGUGGUUAUGGAAGAAGAAGGAUGCCAAGAGUUACUUUUCACAGAAGUGGAAAAAGUAUUGGGUUGUGCUGAAAGACGUCUCACUGUACUGGUAUAUGAAUGAAGAAGAUGAGAAGGCUGAGGGAUUUAUCUGCCUGUCAGAGUUCAAAAUUGACAGAGCGAGUGAAUGUCGGAAGAAGUAUGCAUUCAAAGCAUGCCAUCCCAAGAUUAAAAGCUUUUACUUUGCAGCAGAUAAUAUGGAUGAUAUGAACAGGUGGCUAAGCAGACUUGGCUUAGCUACAGUGGGAUAUGCAGAAAAAGAACAACGACUCAGACAAGAUCAAGAUUAUUGGAGUGAAAGUGAACAAGAUGAUGCAGACACACCAUCAACACCCAAGCAAGAGAGUCCACCACCUCCUUAUGACACCUACCCUCGACCGCCUUCAGUGAACUGUGCUAGUCCAUAUCUUGAACCUAAACAUAACAGACUGUCCUCAACGGAGACCUCUCAUUCACAUUCGUCCCAUGAGGAAUUCCGGCCAGAACCUUCAGGAGGUACAGAAUCACCUGCUCGUAAACCAGGGGCUUGGGAACGCCGCUCAUGGCAGGAUCUAAUAGAGACUCCACUGACCAGCUCAGGGCUGCACUAUCUCCAGACUCUUCCUCUUGAGGAUUCUGUGUUUUGUGAAGCAGGCUUACCAACACCAGAACAUCGGAGACAGUCAACUCUACCAGCACAGCGGUGCCAGAUCCAGGAUCACUAUGGACCUUUCCCAUUAGCAGAGGGCGAGCGCUGGCCAGGGAUCAAUGUUGGAGGGGGUAAACCACGCAGUUUCACACUACCUCGAGAUGGUGGAUUCAGUCAUUCCUGUCAGAGCUCGUCAAUCUGUCUCCCUGGAGCUCAGGCUGAAUUGGUUCAGAAGCAAGAAAUCGAAGAGGAAAAGCAAGAGGAUAAAGAACCCGCGCCAGAGGAAACAGGGGACUCUUUGCAGGAUUUGUACAAGGCGCUGGAGAACGCCAGUGUGUCUCCUUUAGGAGAGCAUCGCCUUUCCACCAAACAGGAGUUCAAGAGGUCUUUCCAAAAGAGAUGUGACAAUCCAGUCAUAAAUGAAAAAUUGCACAAGCUUAGAAUUCUAAAGAGCACAAUUAAGGCAAAAGAAGGAGAAGUCGCGAUUAUAGACAAGAUCCUAGACAAUCCUAGCUUGACAUCCAAAGAAUUCCAAGAAUGGAAACAAACCUAUGUAGAGCUUUUCAUGGAUAUCUGUCAGAACAAUGGAGCCGCAGAAUCAGUAAAUGGUGCCAGUGAACAAGCUGCACCUACCCCGACGCCACCUUUGAUGCACACCCACUCAUACAUUGAAACCCACGUUUGAAUAGUUUGUAGGCAGGCCUUGUAUAAAUGUAAUAAUUUUCAACUGCUUAUUUCAUACUGGUGAGUAAUGACGUGAGUAUUUUGUUUGUAUGGAGACUCCAGUUUCAUUCAGAUGUUUGUUGGCUUUGAAUUAGAUUCUGGGGACUUGAGCAGAUCUUUUAGUUUGAAGGGGCAUUGUUGUCUUUGCAAGAUAAUUGGGAAUACAAUUUCCCUUCGUCUGAUUGGAUGUUCUAAUAUUGCCAUGGGGGUCAUGAAAACAUUGUUGUGUGAUUUUUAUUGUGAUGUGUCAAUGAUGAAAAUGACACUAUUGUUUUAAGAUGUCUCCUAUACAAAUAUAUAAUGGCAAAUAUAUACAUUCAAAUGUAAUGAUUACAUUAGCACAAAAAUGAGCCGAGGAGCAAAUGAGGUUCAUAGAUUUGAUUUGAUGUUUCUUUCAUUUGCUCCAACAUAUUGCACUUGAUUCUUUGAACAAACGCAGUUGAAUACAAGGAGGUGAAUAAGAAUGGCUCUCUUUGUGGCUUCAUGUCCCCUAUAGCCCACUUACAUCAAGCAUUUCCAAACGUUGCCACCACCAGUGAAUUGUGUCCCCAGAACACAAUAAGGCCAAUUUUACUUCUGUUCACCUGGCUGAUCAAGGCAGCAGUUGUCCGAAAAUCAGAGCACUGCAGUCCCAGCUCUGAUCCCUCCACACUCCCCAGGAAGUGUUCACAACACCCAUAUGAAACAUGGAGAAACUUGAGGUUCUAAAGUGUACGCAGAACACGGAAUGCUUUUACAGAAUGUUUUUUAAGUGGGAGAUCAGUGCUGCUCCAUCCAUAUUGUCAAAGGAAAAAUACUAAAGGUCAAGCAAGAUCUGACUCAGAAAAUGCCUCUUGGCCAACAGGAAGGGAGUUGGGGAAAAAAAGCUGCUCUUUAACUUUCUGAGGUUUUCCAGGAUAGCCUCCCCACCCCAUCAUCUCUAAUCCCAGGGUGCUGACUGUCUGCAAUUUCUCACCUUUCCAGAGUCAGCGGGCUGCAUCGGAGCACCUGCAGCUCACCAGCAGAAUGUAAAUAAAGGCUCUGCCUCUGCAUCAUUUGGUUUUGUGCCGGCAACACCUCACACUGGCCAACUGUGCUCCACCCAUGGUUUGAUAGUCCAUUGCCUGCCCACAGUCUGCCCAGUGCUCUUCUGCUACCUUCCUUCUGCCUGCCUGCACUUUUCCCCACUGAUCUCCAGCUCUUUGGCCUCCAAUCUGCCCAGUCCUUCCUGCUUCCUGCCCAGUCCCUGCCUGCGCUCCACCAUCUGCAUUCCUGCACUGUGAAUUUCCAGGCUGCACUCUCCAUACUGCCCUCCUGCUCUUCGCUCAUUGCCUUUCCAUCCUCCGACUUAGGUGAAAAUUGGCCUUAGUGUGCUUAUUGUAAUAAACUUAUGAAUGCCCUUGAAAGAAUAAGCCUUGAAUGAAAUUGUCUUCAAGCUGCAAUCAUCACCAACUGAAUUAUGAUUGCAGAAUAUGGAUGUGUGAUCUGUACUUUAAAACAACAUAAUAACUUUCAGCAAUUUUGUAAAACUUUCACAAUCCUGCAAAAAGUAUUUCAGUUUUUCUGACUGUUUCGUAACUGCCUAUUUCUGUUCCAUUUGCAUCCCCAAGUCACUCUGCCCUUUGGUACAACUGCCCCAGUCCACCAACCAAGCCAACCUUUGACCCUCAAAACUAUCUCUUUAACAAAAUCUGUUAUUUCCUGGUGAUGGUUUAUAAUCCUUGCAUAAUAUGAUCAGUUGUUUGCAGACUCAUCCAAUUCUCAUUUAUUUCUUGUGAGAUAGAAGGAAGCCAUUUAGUCCACCAAGUCUAUGCCAGCUCUCAGAGCUGCAUCAUUAGUUUCUUUCCCCACUUAUUUCCCUGUAAUCUAUUCUCUCUCACAUGCUCAUUAGUUUCCCCCACCACCCCAACCCCCAAUUCUUCCGCUACCGACCAAUACUAGGGGGAAUUUAUAGUGGCCAAGUCACCUACCAACCAGCAUGAUACAGGAAAAUGUGCAAACUCCACACAGACAACACCCAUGGUCAGGAUUGAACCCACGUGACUGGGGCUGUGCAAUCGCAGCACUACUUGCUGCACCAAUGUGCUGCCCCACUUCAAGCACAUGCAGUUUUAAAAUGGACCCAACACUGGUAAAAUUACCACCCUGCAGCAGUGGAUUAGCCCUGCAUCUUUGAAAUUGGGAAAUGCAGCAAGAAUGGUCAUUUCCAGCCCCAUUCACCUUACCUAACC